GGUCAUACUGCUGCCGGUUUUUUUGUUGUAUGCGAUUUGUUUUUCUGCAAUUUAUGCCUUCGUCCUGAUCUUCCUCCUGUCAAAAUGCGUGCGCCUGAUGCGCACCUGCUCCUCCUCGCUGUCCUGCCUCUCCUGCUGACCUGCGCUCACGGUACCCUCGCCCCGGACAGUCAAAAACCGAAGGGAAAGCCCAAGGAAAGUUCGCUGCGUGGCGGGCCCCAAGACAGCGAUGUCUUCGACCUGGGGCUGGUGAAUCCCGAGCCCCUGGCCAAGGACAUCGUGACCAACCAUCGGGGGUACUUCAAGGAGACUGGUCUGAGGCGCUUCAACGGCACCACCUUGGGCUAUGUGACCCCCUGGAAUUCCCAUGGUUAUGAUGUGGCCAAGAUUUUCGCCAAGAAGUUCGACAUCAUCUCGCCCGUUUGGCUGCAGAUUGUCAAGCAAGGAGAUCGCUAUGCAGUGGCGGGAACUCAUGACAUCGAUGCAGGCUGGGUGAGCGACGUCCGGAGGAAGGGAAAACAGGCCCACAAUCAGCGAACCGUAAAGGUGUUUCCCCGCUUCAUAUUCGACCACUUUACCGAUCGGGACAUCAAACUUCUGCUUAGCGAUGCGCAGGAAAGGACCAAAGUAAACGAAGUGCUGAUCAAGUGCUGUAAGGAAAAUGGCUUCGAUGGCCUUGUCUUGGAGGUAUGGUCCCAGCUGGCUGGACGCAUAGACGACAAGAUCCUAUACACAUUGGUUCUGCAAAUGGCCAAAGAACUCCAGAAACAGCAACUGCGCCUUAUUUUGGUUAUUCCGCCUUUCCGCAAGGAUACGGGACCUCUUUUUGGGGAGAAGCAUAUGGACAAGCUGUUCAAGCACAUAUUCGCCUUCUCGCUUAUGACGUACGACUUCUCCAGCGUGCAGCGCCCUGGAGCGAAUGCGCCCCUAUACUUCGUGCGCAAGGCCGUGGAGACCAUUGCCCCAGAAGGUUGUUCUGAUAUGGCUGCAAAGCGUGCUAAAAUUCUUUUGGGUCUGAAUAUGUACGGCAAUGAUUACACGCCUGAUGGCGGUGGACCCAUCACCUUCUCCCAGUACUUGGAUCUGGUGAGGCAUGUGAAGAAGCAUUUGACUUACGACGAACGGGAUGUUGAGAAUUUCUUCGAAAUCAAAAACGACGAUGGUCGGCACAUUGUAUUUUAUCCCACUCUCUACUCCAUCAACGAGCGCAUAAAGCUGGCCCAAGAGCUGGGCACUGGCAUUUCCAUCUGGGAACUCGGGCAGGGCCUAAACUAUUUCUACGAUCUCUUUUAGAUAGCUUGUUAGCGGCAUGCAAUGCACAACACAUAUUGAACAGCUAAAUUGCUUCUCACCAAUCAAACAAAACCAUGGUGUUUUUCUUUGAAAGUGCUUGUAAGAAAUAUAAAAAGUUACUAUAA